AUGCCAUCCCUCCGCGGCAUACGCACCACCCCGGCCCUCGCCGCCGCGGCCGCCGCCGCCGACGCUGGCGCCGCCGCAGCCUCCCCAGGCGCCGAGGCGCCCGCUGCCGCCGCCACGCCCGCGCCGGGUGCAGCUGGCGCAGCACCUCUCGCGCCGCCGCAGCAGCAGCGCGCCGCUGGCACCGGCCGCGAGUGUGCGGACGACCCGCCGAGCAGCAGCCUGCCACAGGGGGCCGCCAGCAGCGGCAGCGGCGCACCCCAGGGUGCGGGCGGCGCUGAGCUGGCAACCCCCGAGCCCGCCGCCCCCGGCGCCGCGACAGCUGCAGCUGACGUGGAAGCGACGCCGCCGCUGGCGUUUAGCGCGGGCGGGUUCGAAUGCGACGGGCAGCAGGGCGACACUGGCAUGGACUGCAUGGACUGCAUGGAUGGCCUGGACUGCAUGGACGGCACGGACUGCAUGGACUGCAAUGACGGCAUGGACGGCAUGCGCGCGGACGGCGUCAACGGCAUCAGCAGCGGCGGCGAUGACGACGGCGGGGUGGCUGCUGACUGCGACCUGGCCCACCCAAGUGGCGCGGCCGCGGCGCCCAGUGCGCGAGCACAUAUCGAUCAGGAGUGCAGCGAGGGCUUGGCUGUCGCGUUGGCAGCGGCGGUGGGGUCGGCGGCAGGAGGCUCGGCAGGCAGGGAGACGCGCUUGACGCGGGAUGUGCAGGCGGGGUGCAAGGUAUUAUGCAGCAGCAGCGGCGGCCGCGGCAGGAAGCGCAGGGCGGCGGAGAGCGCAGGGGUCGCCGUCAAAGGCGCCACCGACGCCGCCGCAGACGCGCCGCGCAAAACCCGGGACCAAGCUGACGGGGCGGCGGCUGGCGGCUGCUGCCGCAGCACAAAGCGUCAGACACGCUCGCGGGCGGCGGGCGCGAGCGGCGGCGCUGGCGAGGUCGCGGCGGGCGGCAGCACCAAGGCGGCACGCGGAGGCGGCGACGAGGCGGAGCGGCGCGCCACGCGCGACCAGCCCGGGUUUCCUGGCUCGACGCCGCGGCAGCAGGCAGAGGCGGACCGCGCAUGGGCGGCCGGCGAGGAGGUGGCGAUGCGGCCGCAGAGCGUGCCCAAGAAGACGGCGGAGGAGCAUCGGCGGGAGGCCCACGACAAAGAGUUCUGGGUCAGGUGCAUCAAGGGCCACCGCCUGUGCCGCAAGACCCGCAAGAGGGAGUUCCUCGUGCACUGGUGGUACUUUUCUGAUGCCUGGAACUCCUGGGAGCCGCGGGAGAUGCUUUCGGGGCCGCCAGGCACUUACAAAUGGGCGCUGCCCAUGCCCAGCGCCGUGGCCAGGAUCAAGCGAUGA